GCCGCCGCCCAUCGCCCCCCUCCCCUCCCCUCCGCUCCCGGUGACCUAGCCCGUGGUCUCCGGCCUCCCAGGCACCUCCCCCCUGCGACCCGCGUCUGCUCUUCGAUGGAGGAGGAGCACCCACCUGUUCGUCAGCGCGGCCCGCCUCCGCCGCCGCAUGGAGGCACCCAUUUCGGAGACGGAAUCGAUCACCUCAGUGCUCUACCCGACGACGUACUCCACCUCAUCCUUGCCCGCCUCGAUCACCACCGUGAUGCCGUCCGCACCAGCAUCCUCUCCGGCCGGUGGCGUGCGCUGACGAGCGGCCUCAGCAUGGCAAGGUUCAGUAUACAGCAGAUAAAGAUCAAGUCUGUUCGAAGGGCGAUCCGUGCGCUCGGGUUGGUACUCGGCGCGCUUGGGGCGCAGCGCCCCGCGUUCGGAGGAUUACGAGUACUCGAGAUCUGUGUUCCUUAUGGAAGGCGUAUCUACGCCAAGGACGUCUCGAAGGUCCUCUUUGCCGCCGCGGAGGUCUCGCCAGUGGAGGAGUUCCGUUUCAUCCUCCCGUGGAACGUAGAUCCGGAAUCCGAUAGCCCUGUGAUUCUCCCUGGUUUCCACCGCGCCAUCUCAGUCCAUCUUGAUGUGUCUUACCUUCUUGUUGAGAAUCUGGCUGGGAGCUUCCCCGUGCUCGAGCGAUUGACGCUCAAGGGCUUCUGGCUUGAUAUUUACACCUUGGUCAGCCUUUGCCCUCGUCUGCGUGUGCUCAGGAUCAUAUCAGUUGAUCGCGGCAGCAUCGUCAUUCAAUCAGCGACCCUGCAGGAACUCCAUAUUGAGAACGCUGAGGAAUGUUAUGUGACAGAGAACAUUGAUAUCGCAGCCCCCGCACUGAAGCAUUUAACCCUUUCCGUCUUCACCAACCAGAACUGCUGCAGCUUGUCCAUCUCCGCUCCAAUGGUGGAGCAGAUCUCGUGGGAGUGCAAGUACAGCAACAUGGCAAUUGGGAUUCGUGAACUGUGGCAACUCACGAGCCUGAGCUUAAAGACAGGGGAGGCUGCCAUCACCAAUGAUGUGGAUGGCACUUGUCUGUCGCUGCAUAUAUCUGCCUACAAUACUUCACGUGCAAAUGAAGCAGAACACGCGUUUGAGGGGGAGAUACAAAACCUACCAGUUGGUGACCUGUGUACUUUGGAGCUGCAUCUUCCCUUGGGCAGACGGGGCAUGCCUGGAGAUCCAUUGUGCUGCAUAUACUUGGCAUACAGUUUAUUCGUAUUGCUACCCAAAGGCUUAAGCUUGUUCUACGGAGAUCUGAGGUGGAAGGAGCUUGCACAACAGAUUGUCCAUGCCAUGAGCCUAUGCAAAUUCCCUCCUUAGUCAAUCUUCAAGAAGUGGAAAUCAAAGGCUUUAGAGGAGAUGGCUACGAGUUCGAGUUCUUGCAAAUGGUAUCCGGGGCUGCACCAUUACUUGAAAAAACGACGACCAUCAGGUCUGCAGGGAACUAGAUGAUGCAUAUUGGAUAGAAGGAUUAAAUACUCAAAUUCUGUUGUAAUGCUUAAAUUCUGUUUCGGAGCCUGAGAAACUGUUUUCAAUUUCUUCCGUUAUUUGACAGCCAUUAGUCUUGGUAAGGAUGUUGGGCACUUCUAUCUUGCAAUGGACCUGCAAGGCAGAACCUGGCAAUAAUGCGCUUGGCAUUGUGUGAUGACUGAGUUCGGUAGAUACGAAGUAAAGAUUCUAAGUACACUGUUAUGCAUAUGCUGUGUUCUUCUCUAUGGUCAUUUGAGUAAAGGUUUGCAU